AUGAAAGCAACAUCUUGUCUUCAAUGCAGAGAGGCCAAGAGGCGGUGUGUAAGGCGGACGAUCGAUUCGCCGUGCAGUAACUGUCAGCGCAAGAACCUAGCCUGCUCCUCGCACGUCACUACAUCUGCAACCAAAGAAACCCAGGAAUCUGACCCAGGGUUGACAGAUGAUUUGGCUAUUGAGUUUGUGGAGUCUUAUCUGAUGCAUCUCGACGGCCGUGCUCAUAGUAUUUUCCACCAGGAAACGCUUCGGAGACAAGUUCGCGGGAAGGAAAUCGGAGAUGCCUUGCUCUAUUCUAUAUGUGCUCUGGGCUCAAAGUUCUCGCCCAAGUCUGAACAUCGCGCCUUGGAAAAGCCGUUGACGCAGGAGGCGAAGAGGCUGGUUCAAGCAGAUCUUGAGAAUGUAUGUAUUGAGAAUGUGCAGACGUGUAUUCUUUUGUCACUUCUUAGCGCUGGGAACUGUCAUACUUCUUCAGAGACACUGUUUCUCCGAAUUGCGAUUGGUAUGGCUGAGGUUCUUCAACUCAACUUUUCGCCCGAUGACCCAAGUAUCGCGAGUGAAACAGCUCUUCGAGUUUGGUGGUCACUUUACAUACUCGAUCGUUGGUGCUCUUCUGGACUUGGAAUACCUCGGCACUUGGAUAACCCUCACUGUCCUGAUUCAUCUCCUCUGCCCAUCGACGAAACGUCCUUCAAACGCCUCGGCCCUUCGUCUUCAGUCAAAAAUCAUAGUCGAACUCCUGGUAUCUUUGCAUAUAUGGUGACUUUGAUCCAACACUUUGGCGAAAUUCAAGGCUUGAACCGCGCUAUGGCCAAGGGAGAUAUGGUCCCAAAGGUCAAAUGUGAUGCUAUAAAACUCAUAGGCCAGAAGCUCGAAUCAUGGAAGGCCACUCUGCCGGGGAAUAUGAAGAUGACGAUACAGAAUAUCUACAGUCACCAGCAGAACGACCUAGGAGGACAUUUCAUCGGUCUUCAUCUAGUAUUCAACCACCUUUCCGCGCUAGUCUACUUCAACUCUCUCGAAACCAAGGAGCAAUCAUACCCAGGACAAGAAGAUCACGUCGCGCUGUGCAAAUCCCACGCUUCGUCUUUCAGCAGUUUAUUACAUACCUCCCGUCAAAUGAGUGGAUGUCGGCAGGACUAUCCGACUGUUGGACACAUGACUACUGUAGCGUCUGCUGUUCUAUUGCACACGCUCUUGUUAGGAGAGCCAGAGGAUAUCCCAAAAGCUCGACAGGAAUUGAACACCAAUUUUGAGGCGCUGACUGAACUUCGACAGUACUGGCCAGCCACAGAAGCUAUGACUGAUGACUUUUCAAAAGCUCUGUCUGCUGUCGACGGAAAGCCACAAGUUGGAUGGAUGGAUGGUCAGGUUCUUACUGGAACAUUCCCUUGGGCUAAUGAAGAGGAAUUUACCCAUCAUUCCUCAAACGCUGGACAUUGA